AUGGAUUUUCAUAUUGGGCGUCGUAGUUCUGAGAAGUUCAGUCCAGCACUGAACCAGGCCAGAGCAAAGGCUGUUGAGGGCGACUCGCAAAAGGAUGACGGCCAAUUAGAAGGAAAAGUGCAUUAUGAAAAGAACCAUUACCCAAAGCUAGCGAGCUCAUCUGGCCAAGCUUCCAACGAUGUAAAGUGGAUAUUCGAUAUCGUCAUGAUCAACAGUUCAUCGAUGACAGAACAGUAA